AUGAAAACUAAACAACUCCAUUUGUAUCAUUUAAGAAAAAACCUUAAUUUGAAUAAGAAUAUAAAACCCCUAAAGUAUAAGGUACAUUUAAUAUUUUUAAAUCUAUAUCCUCAUUUAAGAUAUUAUGGAUAUUGUGUUAUUUAUUUCUUAAAAUUGUCAAAAUGUAAUGAAAAGAAGAUAAGUGUUUAUUUACAUGGAGAAUACUUACGUGUAUUAAAAUGUUUUUAUAUAUGUCCAUGUAAUAUAGAAAGAAGAAUAAGGAAGGAGGAUAUAUAUAAGAGGAAUGAAUAUAUUGAUAUUUAUUUAAAACAUUUUUCAUUAAGUGGUCUAUAUAAAUUGGUUAUAUGGUUUUGUUUUGAAAAUAUAGAAAAAAGUAUUGAAGGUAUAUAUGUUUCUCAUUUGUCUAAAGAAGGGAAUAGAGAAGAACCAAGAAAUAAAAUAAGAAAUAAUAAUUUAUUUUUAAGUUCUUUAGAUAGUGUAAGAAAGAAUUAUAUACAAAAUAUACUUGAAAGAAGGAAUAAAUUUUAUUUUGAGUUUGAGAAUGAUAAGAAUAUUAGAAAAUUUCAUUUUAAAAAUAUAUGUUUUGAAGAUGAAAAGAAUUAUAAUUAUAUAUCAACAUUUUGUGAAUUUUAUUAUUUAGCAAAUAUAUUUCCAUGUUUGCAAGAUAAUAAUCAUAAGGUAUAUUUUUCUUUAAGUGUAUCAUUUCAAAUAAAACUUAUAGAUUCAUGUUCUUUUUAUAAUAAUAAGAUUAAAUUAGAUAACAAUAUAUUUUGUGAGCAAUUAUAUAAUUAUAUGAACAUAGAAGAACAAUAUGUUAAGACAAGAAAGAAGGGAAGUAACAAAUGGGUUUUAUAUAAUAAAUAUCAAGAAAAAAAAAAAAAAAAUUUAAUAAAUAAAAAAUAUUUAUAUUCAAAUUAUGAUAGAUAUAAUAUUUUACGUCCUUCUCUUUCAGUUGUAAGUAAUAGUAAAAUAAAAAAUGUAUAUAUUAAUAAAAGAAUAGUUUAUUUUGAAUCUUUUCGUAGGAAUAAGAAAUUUUUAAUAAAGAAAUUAUUAUUUCAUUGUAGUAAUAAAUGGAAACAUGGAAAAUAUAAUAAUCCGAGGUUAAUUGAAAGAAAGUGUGGGUAUAAAUUAAGGAACCAUUUUAUUAGAAAUAAUAAUAAAAUAAUAAAAAAAAAAGAAAAGAAAAAUAGAAUGAUUACAAAUAAAUAUAUUUUGAAUAAUAAUCAUAAUAAAUGUUAUAGUAAAAAAAGGAAUAAAAAAUUUUUGACGUAUAAGUUUUAUAAUACGAAUAAAAUUUUACAUUACAGUUUUUGUCUAUUCGUUGGUAUUUAUAACAGAAUAUAUUUUAAGUUGAAUGGUAUAGAUAUUUAUAUAUAUUUUGAAAAAGGAAAUAAUAAUUUUGAGAAGAUUAGAAAAUCAUAUGAAUAUUUUUUAGAUUUAUUAAUAUAUAUAUUACAUAUGUAUAUGAAGAAUAAUAUUUUUAAAAGGGAGAUAAAGAAAAAUGGAUUUUUACAAUUAAUGAUAGUAAAAAGAUAUAAAUAUGCAGGAGAAGAGAAUGCAAAUUGUCUGACUUUUUUGGAACGAUUUAUUUUAAUAAAUAAGAAGAAUAGAUUAUAUGAAAUAUAUAAAUGUAUAAGAAUAUUGGUGCAUGAAAUAUUUCAUAUAAUAUGGGGUAACAGUAUAUAUAUAAAAAAAACAGAAAAUUUAUGGAUAAAGGAGGGUUUAGCAAGGAUGAUAGAAUAUAAGUUGAGUUAUAUGAUAUUGAAAAGGCAAAUAAGGAAGCUCAAAAAAAAAAAUAAAAUAAAUAACAAUAAUAAUAAUAAUAUUAACAAUAUUAAUAAUAGUUGUAGUAUUAAUUAUCUUGUUUGUACUAAUUAUCGUUGUUAUAAUAGUAAUUAUCGAUGUUAUAUUACUAAUUAUUAUUGUUGUAAUAAUUAUGGUUCUUGUAAUGAUUAUUUUUGUUGUUGUAAUCAUGUUGAUUGUUAUCCUUGCUCUAUCAGACGUGAUAUGUAUAUAAUAAUCCUUUGGAAUAUAUUAAAUUCAUUUUUUUAUAUUCAUAUUAUAGAUACGUUAAAUACAUAUAAUCACUCAAUACAUAUCGGUUACAAAAUAUGUGAUAAGAAGGAGAUAAGGAUCAAAAAACAGGCAAAAAAAUAUAACCAUAAAUGUGAUAAAAAAUAUAAAUCAUAUAGAAAUAAGGACCUCAAAUCUGUGUUGAAUGUAAAAGAAUGUAUUAAUCGAAUGGCAUAUACAAAAACGAUGAAUUAUUUUUAUAAUAACAUUACAUAUAAUAAAGGAAUGAACAUAUUUAAAAUGAUAUAUAUAUUAUGUUAUCCUUUCUAUAAUAUAAUUAUGGAUUUGUUAUUCUUUACGUUUUAUAAUUAUUCCAUAACAUUUAAAAAAAUAUUAAUAUUUAUUCAAUUUUUCUUUUACUUUUUUGAUCUUAAGCCAUGGUUUCUGUUAUCGUCUGAUAAAUAUUGGAUGAAGAGAAAUAAUAUGAGAAAAGUACGAGUGGUUGUUAUAAGGAGCAAAUAUAUAAAAUGUAUAUCAAGAUAUUUUAAAAAGAGAAAAAAAAAUAUAUAUUUUAGUGGAGAUAAUAAAAAUAUUUUAUCAUAUAGGAGUUGUAUUAAAUGGGAAUAUUUAAAAAAUAAAAAAAAAAAUUAUAAUAAUAUAAAACAUAAAUAUGAUCUUUCAUUUUAUAAAAAUGAAUAUUUUGAAAAUUGUUGGUCCAACUUUUUAAAAGCGUCAUUCAAAAGGUAUUUCCUACAGUUUUAUAAAAUAAUAUGUACUAUGAAAAAUGCAGAAUAUAAAAAGAAAAACAAACAAAAAAAAAACAAUCAAGAAAAAAAAAUAUAUCAAAAAUGUAGAUACCUUACAAAUAAGGUUACACCUUUAUAUAAUAAGACAUCCUUCUUGUGUUCAUUAUUUUAUGCAAGAUGUAAUAUAAAAAAAGCGUUGUUAAAAUCUUUUUAUGAAAGAAAUAUUUUUGAUGUCAUAUUACGAAAUUAUAUUAAUGUUGUAGGUCCUCCAAAAAUAUUUUUUAAAUAUUUGAAAGAAGAGAAAAAAUUAUUAAUUAUGCAGAGACAUUUUUAUUAUGACAACAAUGAGGGAAGGUUUAUAGAGACGCCUAUUCUUUUUCAUAUACCUCUUAUAUUUACGUUUAAUAAUAAAAAGUAUAAAAUAUUAUUAAAUAAGAAGUAUAUGUUAAUAGAUUGUGUAAAUCUACAAAAUAAAACAGGGAAGAAAAUAGCAAAGUGCAGGAUAAAUUUUAAUUUAUUCAACAAGAAAAUAAAAAAUGUGAGAAGGAAAAGGCCUUUUUUAAAAAUACAAAAGAGUGAUGAAUUCAGGACAAGAGAAAAGAACCAGAAUAGUAUAUUUUUGAGAUAUAAAGACGGUGGUUAUUUUUCAUUUCAUUUUGAUGAUAUGUAUACAUUUCGUUUUUUAAUAAAUGGAAUGGAAGGCAAUACGUAUAAUAUAUAUGAUAUUCAUUAUGUGUUUAUGAAUAUAAUUUUGCAAUAUUUAAAAAGUAUAAAAACGUUAAAAGAAGCAAAGAGGUUGAAUUCUUUAAUAUUGAGGCAGAUUUUAGAGGUGAUAAGUGUUUUGUGGAAAAAUUCGAACUAUAUGAGUAGAUCCAUAGGAACAGCCAAAAUUCUUUUUAUGGAAUUUUUAAGAUGCUACAUGUUUUUUAGCCCGUGUUUAAAAAAAAUAGAAAAUAAAAAAUUGACGUUGAAGAUAAAAGAAGAAAUAAAGAGAAUUGAGUACAAUGAAUAUGUUGAAAAGGAUGAUGACUUGUUUUUUUUAUUUAAUGAUAUAAGAAAAAAUUUAUAUAAAAUAAUAUUCUAUUUUAAACAGUCCAUGAAUUUGUGUUCAUAA